CAAAGGCAGAUUACAAUAGUGUGAUACUGCCAGUAGUAUAACUCCUCCUGUGGUUCUCUGUUUUUGUUUCAAUAUAUUUUUUUAAAAGGUGCAUUCUUUUCUGCAAUAGAACUGAGCAGACUGUUUUAGUUCUGUUAGUUUAAACAGGGCAAGAUGGCUCGCAACCUCUCAGAUAAAGAAGUCCUGAAAAUGGAAUUGAAGCAGCUGCAAAGGGAAAUGAAGAACGAGCGGAUUCCUGUCUCCACGACGGCCAAGGAGCUGGUGGCUUGGAUCCAAUCUCAGGCCGCUGAGGACCCCCUCCUUAAAGGCAUGCCUGAAAAGAAGAACCCUUUUAAGGACAAGGGAGGCUGUAUAAUUACAUGACACAGGGGAAGCCCCUGCCAAAAACAAAGGGAUUGUUCGGUUUGAUUCUUUUUAACACAGAUACAAAAUUAAAUAAAAUCAGUUACAAUUCAUUUUGUUUAUUCUGGUGGUAGAUUCUACAAGGAGCACAGAGAA